UUAUCAGUUGUGCAUGUGACGAAGCCGAAGGCACACAAUCAUUGCUGUGGGGUGCCCUUAUGUUUUUUGGCUGAGCACUUCAGAUUUGAUCUGUUCGUGUGGAAUCCAUGACUCGAGAAAAGGGAUCAAACCCACGACACGAACCGAGAGCGACCCAGGUUUGGCGUAGCGGCUGCUACAGCCGGUCCGAGGAAUGAAGCGCAGACCGAAUUGGGACGGUAGCUGAUCGCGCCGAAUCAUGUCCAACGCACAUCGUCGCAUUCUUGGACUGUAGGCUAGGCUGGAAGGCUCGCCAAAUCGGAGACGUCCCCCCAUCUUGGCGAUCUGUUCGGAUACGAGCAAGUGAAGGUGUGGAGCUAUGGAAGGCCCGGAAGAUGCACUGCUAAGCGCCGCUGCGCGGUGCGAUGUGCGCAAUAUGGAAGCGAUUCUUGGCGGCGUGAACGAUUUGGACGUGAACUAUAGCGAUCGCGAGGGCAUGACGCCGUUGAUGUUGUGUGUGACUGCCAAGCGGGUGAAGGCUGGCCAUCAGUUGCAGUGCGUGAAGCUCUUGCUGGAGAGUGGCGUUUACCUGGACAGCGCUGACGGUCAACACGGGCGUACGGCCGCUCACUGGGCAGUGUGCUGCAAGAAUGAUGCUGUGCUAGCCGAGAUGCUUGCAACUGGCGCUGACGUCACGUGUCUGGAUGGCCAGCAGUUGAACAUUGUACACUUGGCGGUGGAGUGUGGUGCUGUCCAGUGCAUCGAAACGAUGGGUACGCGUCUGCACGCAGGCUUUCUCGACGAGCUGGACGUGGACGGGAUCACGCCGCUGGUGCGCGCCACCCGCCUUGGCAACGGUGCCGUUGUCAAGCAGCUGCUGGUGAGCGGCGCCAGCCCGAGCUUGGCAACGACGGUGGACGAGCAACGCAACGCAGUACAUUGGGCGGCCGUGUGCGGAGAGGCCAAGAUACUCGCAAUGAUGCUCAAGCACAACGGCGAUGUGCGCUCCGUUGACAGCAACCAAUGGACGGUUGCACAUCUGGCUGCAGUGCACACACACACGGCCUGUCUCGAAGUCCUACUCAAGAACACAUCGGAGCUGGAGUUUGAAGUGGCGGAUCACGAAGGCGUGACUCCUUUGAUGCUAGCCUGUCGCUAUGGGCACGCCGCGCAUGUCAAGCUCAUGAUGAAGAAGAAGGUGAGCGUACUUGUUGCAGAUCAUGCUGGCUGGACAGCUCUUCAUCACUGUGCGGUGGCUCCGAAUGCCAAAUGUGUUCCCGUCCUGGCUAAGCAGGAAGCCAAGCUGCUUGAACGAACGGACGCCGAGAAGCAGACCCCACUGCAGCGUGCCGUACUCGAAGGCAAUGAUCAUGUUGUGGAUGCAUUGGUGCGCGCUGGAGCUAGUAUCAACGUCGUCGGCGAGGAUGGCAAGAGUCUGAUGCAUUCCGCUACUGAGCGAGGGCACCCCAUUGUCAUUCAGACACUGGCUAGUCACCGUGUGAGCGUAUCAGCAGCUGAUGCCAGCGGCAUGCAUCCGCUGCACUAUGCCGCACGCAUGUCCGCCACGUUGCCUUCGCAUCCUGAUGAAGUGCACGAGCCCGGGCAUAGUCUGCGCAUGCAGGAAUGUCUGCGGGUGCUCUUGAAGCUUGGAGCGCCAGUCAAUGAGGUGGAUGCAGAGGGGCAACAGGCACUUCACCUGGCUGCAAGUUGUCCUGGCAACACAACUGCUAUUGACAUGCUACUGAAGAGCGGUGCAGAUCUGAGUGCCAGGGAUAGACAGCAGCUGACGACACUGCACACCGCGUCCAAGUACGGUGUGUUCGAUGCCUGCAAUCUCCUGCUCGCGCAGUACCAUGCUGCGGUGGAUGCGACUGACGAGGCGGGUCGAACGCCGCUCUUCUACACGGUCAUCGCCGGCUAUCUAGAUAUUGCCGCUAUUCUGAUUGACAAUGGUGCCGAUCUCGCUCACCUGGACAACGAGGGUAUGAGUGUUGCACACUGUGCAGCUGCUGUCGGUCUCAUUGACUUCCUGCAGAUGCUGCAGUCGGCCACACCGCAGCUACUGAGCAAGGCAAGCGAGAGUGGCACAACGCCAGUGCACGAGGCGGCCAUGUCUGGAGAGAGUGUGUGCCUGGAGUACUUGAUCUCUGCAGGCUGUGCCGUUCGCUGCAAGCUCACCGAUGGUUUCACUCCGCUGCACCUGGCUGCAGAGGCCGGUCACUAUCACUGUACAGCGUUACUCCUGGACGCACACGCAGUUGUGAACAGCAUCGCUGUCACAGAGGAGUUUGAGUACUUUACACCGCUGGACAGUGCCUCGCUGUACAGCGAGGACGAUGGCUGCCAGGAACUGAUACUGGAGCAGGGCGGCUGCCCAGCUCUCGACAUCAUCACGCCUGCUCUCAUCACCAUUCAGCGGUAUGCUAGGGGAAUGCUAGUUCGACAACAGCUUUUUGGUAGACAGAUUGCCGAACAGAGCAGUACGGAUGGUGCACAGCUGGAUGCAGAGCACAAAGCAGACACCCCCGCGAAGGUUUCAUCCGCUGCUGCUUCCGCCGAGUUGCCCUCUCCACAAGAAGAAACAGUGACCCCGUCCGAACAAACCGCUCACGUGAAACCAGUCCGCUCAGCCAGCGGUUCAACUGGAGAUGACGCAAAGUCGUCGACUGCCUCUUUGCACUCAAACACUGACAACAACCUGCUAUCCUCCGGCUCGCCUAGUGCUGGCUCUUCUCAAUCUCAAAUAUCAGAUAGAAUAUCACUACCGGCAUCCCAGCAGGAGUCUCCUAGUAACCAAACGAAAGGCCGUCCACAGAGCCAGGGAAGUUACCCUAAACCUGACAAGAAGACACCGAGUCCAGCACCACUGGCAGCAGCAGCCGCACCACCAGCAUCAUCAUCAGCAACACAAGAAACAACCGUGCCAGUGCCGCCUCCCUCCGACAGUAGAGUAGAAACCUCCAGCAGCACCAGAGCUCAUGAGAAUCCGGUACGCAAGCAGUCCUCACGGCUCAAUGAUAGCGAUGUCCAAGAGCAGCUGGUCUUCUCCGUCAUUCCCGCUCAGUAUGAGCCUGAAGCGGGCGAUCAGAGUGAAGGUGACAGAAUCACUGCUAAUAAAGAAGCGACAACACCAGGCGGAGGAGAGUUGCAUGUAUCCAGGGAGCAAGAUCAAGAACCACAUGAAAUGCGACCUGGUGAACUUCCAGGGAGAGGAACCAAGGAUGUACAUACUGAACACACUGACACUACUAAGGAGAAGCAGGGAGAAAGUCAGCAUGAACACCCUGAUACAUCACCACAACCCCUCAACCGCCAGCCACUCACGGCCCGUCAGAGAAUGAAUUCGUUCCUUUCGCGCACCUCCAGCAUCAUCAACCCGCUAAACCAGUACAUUGCAAAUCGGCGCAGGUCGCAAGGCACCGGCGUUCCGGGCAUGCAUGCCGCGCCGUCGUCCAUUGCGUUCCUGUGUGCGUAUGCCACUGCUGUAGCCAGUAGUGUGGCCGGUGAAGCUGUGGGAAGUGCUGCACUGCACAUCUCUAAAGCUAUUGCUGUUGGUACACUUCAGGAGCUGCUGGAACGACAGCGUCGCGAAGCCAUGGCAGCAGAGCUCUCCGAAGAGAUGGAAGGCCGCGAUAUUGCAGAGGAAUCAACGGAUGGGAGUGCAUCGGUCGCGACAGGUGACUCUGAUCAGCAGGCCAGAGAGGCAGAGAGGUCACCAGCAAAGAGCCUGGAACCAGGUAAAGUAACACAACCCGACUCAAGCCCAUCAGCCGAAGAUGUUUUCCGUGCCCUGGAAGCAAGCCGUGGGCCAACCCUGGCGUCACAGGCUACGCAGGAACUGGUCAAGACGUUCAACCUGCAAAUCAAGUUACAACAGGAGCUAGUGGAGGCUGAGCUGGAGAGCGAGCGGCACAUUUUGCUCCGCAAUGAAGAUCUCAGCAUGCAGAAGCUUGAGGAAGUGGUUGACAAAGAGAAAUCGGUGGUGUCUCGAACCCUGGAAAAGGCCACGAGCAAUGCUGACCAGGUCCGUAAUAAUAUGGCCACUGCCGUACAAGGUGCACACAAGACUAAUGACAUCCUUCACAAGCAACUGGGGGCAGUUGGCUGUCCAAAGCGGCCCACAGUAGCACAGUGGCUGCAGUCGAAGGAAAAGCAACGGCAAGCCAAAGUGCAGCAGGAUUUGCUGGCCUGGGACCAGCAACGGGAGCAACGAGAAGUCAUGUUAGCCGCCGAGAAGCUGCUGAGAGAGGAGCGCCGACAACGCCACCAUGGCUGGGAGAAGAUCAAAUCUCUACAGGUGGAAGUGCGUCGUGAGGAGCGGCGAAUGCAGGAGCUCAAGUACAGUCAAACACCGGAGGUCACGUUGGCACGCCACACCCUGCCAACACAAUCUAGCCCGCACCGCAGCAGUAGCAUUUCCGGGGACACAGUGCGCAGUGUCCACACUGCAGCUCCGAACAUUACUAGAGCUCCAAGCACAUCUCGGCAAACACCAGAGCAUGGUCGAUUCGCAAGCGCCCCCGGCGCAAGGCCAGACAGCAGUUUGCCAGGCAUUCAGAAGCAGAGGGAGGUGACGCCAAGGAGACGACACACUGCAAGCCGCCAGUCGAAGAAAAAGGAUGCUGUAAUGACCACUGCUGGGUUUGUUGCUUUACCGACGUCGCCGCCGACCGGACGCGCCGUGCAGACAAGCAGCCAGCGGAGAUCUCGCCAGCGUACGGAGCAAUACGGCGCUGAAGACCUGUGGGAACUGGCUGGUAACGUUGCCAGCGGUCACAUACAGGCACCAGCUGUUGUGGACAAGCGCUCGCUGUACCCUAAGAAGCCAGCCACCCGGCGAACUGGCCGGCGUACACUCACGUUUCUCCCGCCGGACGAGUACGACGCACUGCAGCGUGAGCGCGAGCAGAAAGAGCUCAUUCUGGGCGUGCAGGCGCCAUUGAGAUCACGCAAGCGCAGGAUUUCCACAGACGGGACCGUGACUGUCAUGAGCCGCUCACUGUUGGACACCGAGAGUGAAAUUAGUGUGUGACACUGAGUUGACAACUACGUGCUGUGAAUUUGCUUGCACCUUGAACUUUUCACGUACUAAUAAGAGCGAACACGCAAUGAGACUCAGCGACUCAGCAUUCUUGAUGUGUAUACUUGCGCUGAGGUCCUGGCAAUGUUGAGAAACUGAUAGUUGCGCAUGCGACAUGAUUGUAUUUUCUGUUCAUGCCAAUUGAGGAUAUUAAACAUUGAAGGAUCUGAUUUUAUUUUUCUCUCGAUGGAGGUUGUGCGACAUAUUGUACAGUGCCACUGGCUCCUGCCCAAAGGCUGAACAACUUCGACUUCGAGUACACUCAAAUCUUUCCUCAAUCUUCAUCUUUUACCAGUGCUCAGAGUCAGUAGAUUGGGAAAUGUGGAGAACCGGCACCAGUGCGAGCCAAACUAGCGGCUACAACUUGACGAGGAACACAACUGUUGCACCAUAAUAAUAUUAUGACAGCCAUGAAAGUGCCAUUGUGUACGCUUUGUCAAAGGCUUGCGACUACCGGUAUUACUUGUUACUCAGUUCUGUCCCCUUGGAAAAACGCGAUUCCGCGGCCGCGGCAAAUUUCGCAGAAAUUGCCAUCAUCCGCGGAAAUCACGGAAUCCACACUAUUGCCCGCGGAAUUUGAAUUUUUUAGGAUAAAUUAGUAAAAUUACUACUCAGAAAACAGCAGAAAAACUACUUUGCAAUCUGUUUGAGCACAUUAUGCUCUUGCGAGUGUAGGUGAGUGCAAAAUCUCCAAGAUUCUUCACUCUCAUUCAGUUUGUGACUGCAAACUUUAGUGUGAAAAGUACUCCUUCAUGCAAGGAGGGUGAAAACCUUGCAGAAAGUGCCGCAGAUUUUUGAUUUUACCACAGAAAAUGCCGCAGAAAACCUCCCUUUUCUCCGCGGAAUUUGCCGCGGAAUAUUGAAUUAUUGGCCGCGUUUUUCCAAAGGGACAGCUCAGUUUCCUACAUGUAGCUAUUUUACCGUAGAUGCAAAAUGACUCGCCCACUACAAACACACACACACAGAAAUUUCAAUCUAAAUCCACUUGUUCACCUUUCCUGAAUGCCGGGCUGUAACUAUAACGAUAGUAAUAUUCCUUCAUUUUUACAAAACAUACUUACAUUGUAAUGUGACAAUCAUGAAUGUCAUUUCAUUUUAUGAAGCCCUUGGCUUUUAAAGGUGCGGACAUACGGUAGCAAUAAGUAAUACUAUUACUAAUAGCAAGAGUAUAAUUAUAACCCCCCCUGGGGGUUAUAUACUCUUGGUAAUAGCCGCAAGCCGCCGUUGACUAUUACUUACUGUUUUUACACUAAAAUACCAAGAGUAACCUCCCUGGGCCUUA